ACGCUACAAGGAAGCAGCCACGCAAAACGGUCUUGAGUGGCAACCAUUCUGCCCAAUUAGCUGUUAGAUUAACGCUUUUGUUGAUCCUCCCACUUAUUUCGCAACGCCCACUUUCUGACACGCUCAAUGUAUGCAGUUACCCAUGACUCCUAGCAGGCAAACUUGGUGCAUAGGCCACAGCACCACCCGAGUGAUACUACCAAGCAAACCGUGACUACAUGGUAUUUGGUGAGAAGAUCCUAUCAGAUCUUGUCCACCACACCACCAGCUGGAGAGCCUUACCUGGGACAACACAUCAGAAUCCUAGAAUCUCCCCCUUCACUUUGGCCCAAAAGUGGUCCUCCUUUUGACCGAAUCAUCAAAAGAUUCCUUUCAAGUGCUACAGGAGGAUACUCCAGAGACAAUGGUUGAUAUAGAGAGGGACAAUCAACACACAGAUAUACUGCAGGUGCAAAUAAAACAGGAGGAUGGAGAAGAGCCUCACGAUACAGAGGACCGUCUCAAGAGUUCUAAUACCGGAGAACAGAAGCCUUGUCACAUCUGCCCUGAUUGUGGUAAAAGUUAUACCCGUUCGGAUAAUCUUAAAACACACCAGAAAAUUCAUAUGACAGAGAGGCCGUACCUCUGCUCUGAGUGUGGUAAAGGUUUUACCCGCACAGAUCAUCUGAAAUCACACCUGAAAACACAUGAAAGAAAGAAGAAGAAACUUAAACACCCCUGUACUGAUUGUGUGAAAGGCUUUGUCCAUUUGGAGCAGCUUGAAAAACAUCUGGAAAAAAAUCACCUUACACACAAGGAAAAGAAACCUCACGGCUGUCCAAGGUGUGACGAGAGCUUUUCUGACCUGGAAGAACUAACAACACACUUGCCAGUACAUACUGAAGAGCUGGCCCUCUACUGCUCUGACUGCGGUAAGCGGUUCUUACACAAAGGAAAAUUUGAAAGACACCAGAGAGUACACAGUGGACAAAUGCCAUACAUAUGCACCCACUGUGGGGAGGGUUUUACACAGGCACAUAGUUUGAAACAUCACCAGCGAAUACACACUGGAGAGAAACCCUACCUCUGCAACGAGUGUGGGGAGAGCUUCAGACACGAUGCAACGUACAGGAGACACAAGCGCAAACACGAGCUACCACUCUCUGAAAAGAAAGCCUAUCCUUGCUCAGUAUGUGGGAAGACUUUUACCCGCUCCGAUGGAGUGAUGAGGCACCUGAGGAGGUUCCAUUACGGAGAGAGAGCUCUCCAGUGCUCCUGCUGCGACAAACGUUUCUUUCAACAGGACACACUAACCACACACAUGAGAAUUCACACUGGAGAGAAACCGUACAGUUGCUCUGACUGUGGGAGAAGCUUCUCACAAGAUGGCGACCGAAAGAAACACCAGAAGAGGCACCACACUGGAGAGGGCACUUCACCUCUGACCCUCCAUGUGGACGGCACAGAGACACACACACACUGUAACAGACAGUAACAGGCAGACUCAAGACACAAAAACAGGCCAGUGGGUAAACCAGGUUGCAAUGAAGUUAUUCUGACAGCUUUGGCUUUAUUUUUUGUGUUUAUAUGUGUGUGUGAUAGCAUGUAUUUCUCUCUCUCGUUUAAUUAGAGUUCAUUGGCAAGGCUAAUUUUAGCCCAACUUCUCACUGUUUGUAAGAUGUCUACUGCUCAUUGCAGCUACUUAAAUGAUCAUCGCCCACUCCAUUAAUCUAUUACCCCGCUAUUCAUCCCCCCACUCCGUUACUCUGUUACCCCUCUAUUCAUCCCCCCACUCCGUUACUGUUACCCCUCUAUUCAUCCCCCCACUCCAAUACUCUGUUACCCCUCUAUUCAUCCCCCCACUCCAUUACUCUGUUACCCCUCUAUUCAUCCCCCCACUCGAUUACUCUGUUACCCCUCUAUUCAUCCCCCCACUCCGUUACUCUGUUACCCCUCUAUUCAUCCCCCCACUCCAUUACUCUGUUACCCCUCUAUUCAUCCCCCCACUCCGUUACUCUGUUACCCCUCCAUUCAUCCCCCCACUCCAUUACUCUGUUACCCCUCUAUUCGUCCCCCCCACUCCGUUACUCCUCUAUUCGUCCACCUCUACCACCUUUCUAUUCACCCUUUCUUCAUUGGUCUCCCCAUUCUCCUUCUCUCUACCCAAAUGAAUAGGAGCUUAGAGAAAAAAACAAUAUGUUUUUGUGGAUUCAUUUCUAUAUCUCUAAGCUCUCCCCUUUCCCUGCACCUCCCCCUGUCAGCCCCACCUUAACCAGAUUACAGAGGAUUCUCUGCUAUUAACACGCUGUUGGGACUGUGGCCUAGCAGUGUAUUGUGGUGUCCAGCUUAGCCACACACAUCAAACAGAUGAUACAGUAUGAGAGAGAGAGAACUACCUCACCACUGAUCUGGGUAGAGGGAAACAGGCAGAGAUGUGAUCGGACAUAGGCGCAGCAGCAAAUCCUUCUUCUAUAGCCUCCAUCUUCUAGCCUUAGCCUAUCUAUACUCCUCUCUACCUCAACCCAGCCCUCUGUUCCAGCCCUGCCUCAACCCAGCCCUCUGUCCCAGCCCUGCCUCAACCCAGCCGUGCCUCAACCCAGCCCUCUGUUCCAGCCCUGCCUCAACCCAGCCCUCUGUUCCAGCCCUGCCUCAACCCAGCCCUCUGUCCCAGCCCUCUGUCCCAGCCCUGCCUCAACCCAGCCCUCUGUCCCAGCCCUGCCUCAACCCAGCCCUCUGUCCCAGCCCUGCCUCAACCCAGCCCUCUGUCCCAGCCCUGCCUCAACCCAGCCGUGCCUCAACCCAGCCCUCUGUUCCAGCCCUGCCUCAACCCAGCCCUCUGUCCCAGCCCUGCCUCAACCCAGCCCUCUGUUCCAGCCCUGCCUCAACCCAGCCCUCUGUCCCAGCCCUGCCUCAACCCAGCCCUCUGUCCCAGCCGUGCCUCAACCCAGCCAUGCCUCAACCCAGCCCUCUGUCCCAGCCGUGCCUCAACCCAGUCCUCUGUCCCAGCCCUGCAACAACACAAUCCUCUGUCCCAGCCGUGCCUCAACCCAGCCCUCUGUCCCAGCCCUGCCUCAACACAACCCUCUGACCCAGCCUCUAUUCUACUUCAGCCCUCCUCCGGUACUCCCUGGAUCCUGAGUGAGCCUCCACUCCCCCCUGCCCCCCAUGGCAGGUAUCAUGGACCCUGAAGAUACAGUUGUAACAGAACCCCAAGGAUGAGGAUAUCAUGGAACUUGAGGAUAGAAUCGUAAUGGAACCUUUUAUAGAAUCGUAAUGGAACCUGAGGAUAGAAUUGGAACAGAACUGGAGGAUAGAAUUCUAAUGGAACCUGAGGAUAGAAUUGGAACAGAACUGGAGGAUAGAAUUCUAAUGGAACCUGAGGAUAGAAUCGGAACAGAACUGGAGGAUAGUGUUAAUUUAUCCAGAAGGUUCUGAUGCUGAGGAGCCAGAUGGGAUUCUCUUUCAGCCAGAGGAGCAACAAGAGGGAGAUGAUGAUGAUGAGGAGGAUGAUGAUAACAUCUUUGCCACAUGGAUGGGCGGCUACAAGAAAGCAGCAGAACAGGAGGACAAGGAUAAAGAGGUGGAGAAAAGAGAGGCAGUGAUAGAGAAGAGGAAGAACAGCUUCGAACGACAAGCUCCACCACGGGCAGACCGGCGGCAAUCACUACCCCGUCCAGCUCAACUCACAGCGAUGAUGUAGUUGUCUCGUCUCCACACCACUACUAGGGCCACGUCACCCGCCAGGCCAAACUCCCGGCAAUGCAUCUCAUCCACUGACCAUCCUGGCUGCCCGAUACCAGCCAAUACGGAGCGACAAUCCUCCAUGAUUCCAUCCACCAUUCCAGAUUAAAAUGCAAACGCGGUUCCGCAGGCAGAACGUCUCCGGUACGCUGCGUUGUGUGUGUGUGUGAUGGCCAGCGCGACGUCGAUCGUGUUUGUCUCAUCUGCCAUGAUGACCUGCACAGAGGAGGGAGUGGAAUCAGGGAGCUGCACUGCUCUCAUAUCUUCCACAGCCAAGUAAGAGCAGCUUGAAAACACACACACCCACUGUUUCUCUCUCCCUAAAGUGUAUAUAGGAGUGGCUGUGGAGGAAGCAGGCGUGUUGUGUGCAGGUGGUGCUCUUGCCAGAACCACUCUACUGGAGCUCCACUCGGGUCAAAGUACCCUGAGAACCACGUAGAACAGCCUAGAACUGGACAGAACCACCUAGAACUGGACCUAACCUCUCACAACUGCAUAUAGCUGGAAAGUUCUGCCUAGACAGAACUACACCGAACCGGAAAGAACUACCCAGAACUGACGAGAACCAGUGAAGAACUGCAGAAAAACACUCAGAACUGCCUAGCGUUGUAAUGAACCGUGCAGAACUGCUUAGAUACGGACAGAACUUAUCCCUUAAGUCUCUGAAUCUAGAGUGCUGUGCUGAGAGAGAGAGAGAGACCUCUGUAUUCCCCCAAAUCCCAAUAAUCCAGUAUCUUUUAA